AUGUUGAUUGUUUGUCUAGGCUAUAUUCGUGAAGAAAUAAAACGAAUUAUUUACAAGUCCAAACAACAAGAAGAUGCAAUUUCGCCUGAAAAUAUAAAACGUAAAGUUCAAGUUUUUAUUCUUGAACAAUAUGAAGAUGACGAUGAUCUGAAUUCAUCAAAAGUUGAGAAUAAUAGUCCAGGAAGUGAAGAUUAUGAUUAUAAUCCGUUACAUACAGAUGAAUUAGCAAGAUAUUUAGCUUUAGAGCUUGACUAA